AUGGAUCCCUUUACAGACAGUCCUCGUGUGCGCUCAGACAGCAUGAGCAGCUCUGCGUCUCAGGGCUCCAGGUCCAAGGUGCUCCUCCGCCAGCGUCUGACUCAGCUGCUCACCUGCAUAGAGGACAUGAGCUCUGACGACGAGGCCAGUGAAGAAGUGUCCCGCUCACUGGACGAAGCCUUUCAGCUCUGCGGGCAAUUCCUUCCCACAGACUCAUUCAGGCUGCACAUGGUGACCUGGAACGUGGCCACAGCGGAGCCCCCAGAAGAUCUCAAGUCUUUGCUGCAGCUAGAUGUCCAACCCCCCACAGACCUCUAUGUGAUUGGCCUGCAGGAGGUGAAUGCCGCCCCUGUGAGGUUCAUCUCUGACCUGUUGGUGGAAGACUCCUGGAGCCACGUCUUCAUGGACACGCUGGCACCCAGAGGCUUCGUCAAGGUCACAUCCAUAAGGAUGCAGGGGUUGCUGCUGUUGAUUUUUGCCAAACAAAUUCAUCUCCCGUACAUCAGAAACAUCCAGGCUACCUACACUCGUACUGGCAUCUUUGGCUACUGGGGUAAUAAAGGAGGAGUGUCUGUGCGCUUUUCCUUCUAUGGCCACAUGGUGUGCUUCCUAAACUGCCACCUAGCAGCUCACAUGAACUACGCCCUGCAGCGUGUUGAUGAGAUGGAGUACAUCCUGGAGACACAAGAAUAUGACAUCGCUGACACCCCAAACGUCCGGGAUCACAAGGUGGUGUUCUGCUUUGGUGACCUGAACUUCCGCAUUGCCGAUCACGGCUUGCACUUUCUCCGCUCCUCCAUCAACAGCGGGCGCCUUAACUUGCUGUGGGGCAAAGACCAGCUCACCAUGAUGAAGAAGAAGGAACCUUUCCUGCAGGAAUUUGAGGAAGGGCCGUUGAAUUUCAAACCUACCUACAAGUUUGACCGUAACUCUGAAACUUAUGAUACCAGUGGCAAGAAAAGGAAACCUGCCUGGACUGAUCGCAUCCUCUGGCGCAUCAAACCCAAAACACCGCCAUCAGAGGAUGAGGAGGAUGAGAAGGCAUCAACUUCUACUGAUGAUGGGCUUGAUGAAUAUCCGCUCUUGGUCAUUCAGGACCAGUACACCAGUGACAUGAGCUACGGAGUCAGUGACCACAAGCCUGUCAUUGCAACCUUCAGUCUGGAGCUGAGAAAGGUCUUUGACACAGCACUGGUGCAUGUAUCUCCUCUGGGUGUAUGGAGCGCUGACCAGGACGCACUGCUUAACUACACCGUCCAAGAGGACUUCAUGUCCUCCACAUGGGAUUGGAUCGGCCUGUACAAGGUGGGAUUCAAGAGUGCGUUCGAUUAUGAAACCUUUGUUUGGGUUAGAGAGAACGACUUGCCAGAGACAAAUGAAGACAUCCAGAUAUCUGUGGAUAAGGAUGAAAUCCCUCUGCUGGGUGGACAUUAUGUUUUGGGUUACUACAGCACGAACAUGCAAAGCAUUAUUGGCAUCAGUGCUAACUUCCAGAUCCUGGAGUCGAAGCGUGCCGUCAUGGAAGGUCUUGUUCCUGAAAAAAGCAACGGGCUCAACUAAGAACAAAUUCACCACAAUGUCACAACCUUUCCCUCUCCUUUGGAAAUGUACGCAGAAUUGAAUCAAUCUCUUAAAUGCCCCAAAAUAAACUCCAUUAAUGGCCACCACACUGAGCAAUCACAAGGACUGCAAUUUCAAUUUGUUGUUUCCAACAUUGCCUUCAAGGUGUUUACCUUAAGUCAGAUUCACUCUUGCUCAAACAGUUCACCACAUAAAAGGUUUAUCGCUGUUAUGAUGGCUUAUCGACAUGAUUUGUUAAGUUUUCUUUGUGAAAAUAGUGGUCAUACACUGCACAUCAAUACAGUCCUUGGUCAAAGUGUAUUUGAAAAUAUUUGUUGAUGUUUUGGUUUGGUCUGCUUUAGUGCCAGUGCAGAGGGUUGUACAAUAAGAGUAAGAAAGAUCUGCCAAUCAUAGGGAACUGUAUUAUCAAAAAUUCUAAGUCGAUGCUGAUGUUGAUGUUACUUAUUCUCUAUUGUCUUAAUACUGAAGGAUACAUCUGGUAAUUGAGGUGUUUUUUAUUCUUGCCAUGGAUUAUGAAACCCAAGUGUCUUUGGUUGAUAGAACACUGAAUCACAAUAAGAUUAUAUUUUGAAUUAAUUAUUUAUGUUCUUACCUGUAUUUUCCACAUUAGUGCAAAAACAUGAUGUCUUUUCUAUCCAAUGCAAAAUGAUGAUUGUGUUCAAAGAAUAACAAAUUGUCUAAAUGUCUUUGUCAGUGUGCAUGUUAGGGUGAAAUCGAUUGAUUGUUUGAUUGAUUGAGUGAGUGAUUGAGUGAUCAAUAUCACAACAAGAAAACUCACAAUGUUGAGCAUGUAUGAUGCGUACUGGGAUAUUUGUUUCUUUGUGGUAAAAAUGAUAUAUGAAGUACAUGUUGUUAAUUAGGGACGUGGUGGAGAAAAAGUCUUUCAAGCCUUUGUCUUUAAAACUUCCGUUUUUUCUUCAUGAUAAAAAAUUGUUAAACCUUAAAAAUGUUUGUGGUCUAAUUAAAACUUGAUAAUAGCAGCGGACUGUGAGAGUUCAU